UAACCUACACAAACAAAGCAACACAACACCGACAUUUCCCAAGCCUGGACAACCACCUGGAGGGAAGAGGAUGAAGGAGUGACACGGCUUCAUCUGACACAGGCACGUUCAGCUGGAGAGAUGUUCCAGGUGUUUACCAGGUGUACCAAAGGUUUUAUAGGACAUAGGAGACAAGGGGGCUGGCUGAGGAUUUGACUGGAUUCAAGCUUUAGCACCGCAAGCUUCAGGCAAAAGCUGAGAGGAUGUCGUCAUCACUGUCGAAAGCAGACAACAUCUGCCAGCCUGGCAACACACUCUGUGAGGUCCGUGUGUACGAACAGGAAGUGAUCGUCGUGCCGGUCAUCUUGCUGGCCGGCUUCCUGGUCACUCUGAUCUUCAUCAUGCUGCUGCGUUACUGUCCAGAGAAAGUGAACCGCAUCAGGCCACAGGGGUCGAGGAGCACCGGUCGCUCCCAGCGCAACAGGCGGGUCCUCCACGGCAUCGACGCUCCCGCAGGCAUCAACCCUCUGGAGCAUGAGAGUAUAGCGCUGGACAUCCCCAAUUCCUACUCCACCUUCCCCCUACGCUCCACCCCGAACACCCACUCUUCCAGAACCCUUGCCAUCCCUGUGGAGGAUCCAACCCUGCCUUCCAGCCCCCCACCCCAGACCACCACCGGCCCCCCACCCCCCAGCUUCCCCCGAACCACACAGCCCAGGGAGCUGCCUCAACAGAGGCUGCCCGAGUCCUUCAACCUGGUGACCACCUUGCCUGCUGCCUUCUCCCUGCGCACCGAUUCUGUGGUGACCCUCUGCAGGGCCCGCAUGGAACACAGGAACGUGGUCCUCCGAGUGCUCAACGAUUCUGCGAGUGCCUCUGAAAGACAGAACUUCCUCGGUUUUGCUUCCUUCCUGUCCCAGCUGGGGCCACACCCCUUCCUACCGGAGCUUCUGGGCGUGGUCUCGCUGCGUGCCCCCUUAGUUACUGUCGUCGAGGAGCUCGAGAACAGAGACCUGCUCAGCUUCCUGUGGAGGUGUAGGCAGGAGAAUGCAGGUGGAGAACCUUCUUGUCAGAUGACAGAGAAACGCAUCUUCACCAUGGCGACGCAGGUGGCCUCGGCUCUGGAGUUUCUCCACAGCCGAGACCUUCUCCAUGGCAACGUCCGUGCUCGAAGUGUACUGGUCAGCCAGGAGAUGACAGCCAAGCUCUGGGGUUUAAAUGGGGUCUAUACCAGGAAGAACCGGGGAGCCAAUCAGAGGGAGGAACCCGGCAUGAAGAAAUGGCAGGCACCAGAGCUAUUGGUCAAGAGACCUGCCAGUCAAAAAAGUGACGUCUGGUCUUUUGGCAUCCUGAUGUACGAGAUGGCUACUCUGGGCGAAGCUCCUUUCUCAGACGUCUCAGUCAAAGAGCUUCUGCAGUUCCACCAAAGAGGAAAAAUGUUGAGGAAGCCAGCCAGCUGCUCCAACGCACUCUACGCCACCAUCAAGGCUUGCUGCCAAUGGAAAGAGCAGGAUCGAGCCUCGCUGGAUGAGGUCACCCGUAAGCUCCAAUCAGGAGAGAAGAGUGCCAACGAUAAAGCCAUCAAGGUGCCUGAGCCAAUCAACAUUGAGCAGUACCUGCAGGAGGCGGGAUAUGGGGACUCCAACAACUACACUGUUUUCUGAGUGGCGGCUGUGCCAGCCAAUGAAACACAUGAUCCUAAUUGUUUCUUAGUUUCGGGUAUUUAUAGCAGAUGUUUCAAAUUAGAAUUUUUUUUCUUGGUCUUGUGGUUCUGCAUUGCAAAAAACUAAUCUACAGUUUUUAGGUUAAGCUGACAAGACUGGAGUAAGCUCUGUAGACUUGAAAAACCCACUGUGGUUUGGACCUCUGGCCAAUGUACAUAUACAGCAUACCACAUGUGGGUUACAAACUGUAGCCAAUGUAUUAAUAUAAGAUGCAAUAUAUAACAAUCUAGAGGUUCUCUAAUUCCAGAGACUCUGAAGAGGAGUUUGAUAUGAAGGAAAUGAAGCUUAAUUUAAAAGUGAUAUUAAACAUCAUGUUUGCACAUACCUCCACAAUGUGAAUAAAGACAGAAUUGUGCCAUGAUCAAACA